CGCCGGCGGCGGCGCGCCCGUGACGGCGCCUCCCAAGAUGGCGGACAACCUGCCCACAGAGUUUGAUGUGGUGGUGGUGGGCACCGGUUUGCCUGAGUCCAUUAUUGCAGCAGCUUGUGCCAGAAGUGGCCAGAGAGUUCUUCAUGUGGAUUCGAGAAAUUACUAUGGUGGAAACUGGGCCAGCUUUAGUUUUUCWGGAUUAUUGUCCUGGAUUAAAGAAAAUCAGCAAAAGACAGAUCUCARUGAUGAAUGUGAAGACUGGAGGAAACUGAUCCUUGAGAAUGAAGAAGCUAUUCCUCUCAGCAACAAGGAUAAAACUAUUCAACAUGUAGAAGAUUUCUGUUUUGGCGAUCAGGAUUCAGCUGAAGGUGUUGAAGAAGCUGGUGCACUGCCAAAGCUGCCUGUGUUUGGAGCCCCUGCUGCCGAGGGGGUUUCUGUGGGGUCAGAGGAGAGUCCAGCAGAAGAGGGGGUUUCUCCAGGAUCUGAGGAGAGUCCAGCAGAAGAGGGGGUUUCUCCAGGAUCAGAGGAGAGUCCAGCAACAGAGAUCCCUGUACCAGAGUCAGCAGAGGAGGCCCUGGGCACUGAGCCAGCGAGGGCAGAACCAGGGGAUGGGGCAGAACCAGCCCCUGGUAGUGGAACCUCUCCCAGCACCAACUCAGCCGAGUCAGCUCCUGAACCUGGAACAGCAGAAGCUGCACCCUCCGAAAGCRCUGCCCAAGAACCAAAGAAAAUCACCUACUCCCAAAUUGUUAGAGAAGGCAGAAGGUUUAAUAUUGAUUUAGUUUCCAAGUUGCUUUACUCCCGGGGCCUGUUAAUUGACCUUCUCAUUAAGUCCAACGUGAGCAGAUACGCAGAGUUCAAAAACGCCACGCGAGUUCUUGCCUUCCGAGAAGGAAAAGUAGAACAGGUGCCUUGUUCUAGAGCAGAUGUCUUCAACAGCAGACAGCUCACCAUGGUGGAGAAGAGAAUGCUCAUGAAAUUUCUGACGUUUUGUUUGGACUAUGAACAGCACCCUGAGGAAUACCAAGACUACGAGAGCAGCACAUUUGCUCAGUUCCUACAGACACGGAAGUUGACCCCCAGCUUGCAGCACUUCAUCCUUCACUCCAUUGCAAUGGUUUCAGAGACUGAGAGCAGCACUYUGGAAGGUCUUCAGGCAACAAAAAAAUUCCUGCAGUGCCUUGGCCGCUAUGGCAACACCCCGUUUUUGUUYCCUCUGUAUGGGCAAGGAGAGAUCCCACAGUGCUUCUGCAGGCUGUGUGCUGUGUUUGGGGGGAUCUACUGCCUCCGUCACGCCGUGCGCUGCCUGGUGCUGGACACAGCCUCGGGAAGGUGCAAAGCUAUUGUGGAUCAAUUUGGACAAAGAAUAAGUGCYMAGUAUUUUAUUGUGGAAGAUAGUUACCUCUCAGAGAGCACAUGCACAAAUGUGUGUUACAGGCAGAUCUCCAGGGCAGUGCUCAUUACAGAUCAGUCUGUACUGAACACAGACUCAGAGCAGCAGGUUUCCAUUCUGACAGUGCCUCCCCUGGAAUCAGGAAAAGCAGCAGUUUGUGUCAUUGAGUUGUGUUCCUCCACCAUGACCUGCAUGAAGGACACGUAUUUAGUCCAUUUAACCUGUCCAUCAACUAAAACUGCGAGAGAAGAUUUAGAGCCUGUGGUACAGAAGUUAUUUAAUCURAAUACAGAAAAAGAGACUGAAAAUGAAGAGCUGGAGAAACCCAGAGUCCUCUGGGCAGUCUACUUCAACAUGAGAGAUUCUUCAGGAGUUGAGAAGARUUCCUAUGCUGGCUUACCCUCCAACGUUUAUGUCUGCUCUGGGCCAGACCCGGCUUUAGGAAAUGACUGCGCUGUCAAACAGGCUGAGACUAUUUUCCGAGAAAUGUUUCCAACAGAGGAAUUUUGCCCACCAGCACCGAAUCCCGAAGAUAUUAUUUAUGAUGAAGAUGAGGUUGAACCAGAAGAGUCUGGAUUGAGUAAUUCAGCAGAGACAAAACCUGAAUCCUCAGCUGAGGAGAGCAGUAGUGGAGGUGAUGCUGCUGUUACAAAGGAAGAGUGAAUGAAUGAAUGAAUGAAUGAAUGAAUGAAUGAAUGAAUGAAUGAAUGAAUGAAUGAAUGAAUGAACAGUGUUCUCUUAGUAGAAGAGGUUGACCCAAACUGGAACGUAAAGGAGAAAGCGUAAGAAAAAAAGGUUUAAAACCCCCAGAGAUGUGCUGUUUACCAUUGCCUUAUUUUCUUUAGCUUGAAUCAUCUUUUUUAAAUAGUUUCAUUGAUGGUUGAGGCACUUCUGAGCAGUCAUUAGUCUACCAGAUCCAGUGGAGUUUGUAGCUAAACCAAAAACCACAGAAUGAAGCAUCUGAUUUGGAAGUGCUAAAAUAGGAUUCAUGAUUUGCUGAGAAAAUUUGGUUUUGUUUUACUUCUUGGAAAGGAUCCUCCUUCUUUUAAAGAGGCAGCAAGUCAAAACUACACAAAAGAAAAAACUGCAAGUUUGUUUACCAGUUAGAAGAUGAUCUUCUACUAAAAAUCCUUGGAUGUCUGCUAAUUAAACUGCUGAAGGUGAGGCUCAGAAUCUGUCCUUCACAGUGGUUUUAUGAAUGGUACUUAAAGGCAAUAAUAUUGACAGGUCUGGAGUGGCUUUAUAGUAUGGUUUUGAAACUAAUGCCAUAAUCAAGUAGGAGUUACAAUCCAGAGAUAUUCCUUACAUGGAACUAUUUUACUUUCAGUUUUUUUAAAAAGACCAAACAGGUGACACAUUUUCACUAGUGACUUCAUUUACUGUAGUCAGGAAAAUGGUACAAUUUAAACUUAAUGUCAGAUUUCCCAACAAAAUUCAAAAUCAUAAAUGGAGCAUACCUGAUUUUAGUUUUCCUGCAUUUGUUGCACUGUUUGGGCCUUUAGUAAGCCAGUAGAUACUUUUUGAAGUUUGGGUCUGARAAGUUUAAAUGACCAUUUACUGAGAGGGUUUGUGGUGGCAAGAAGGUUCAACUGACAAUUCCAAAGGUUUGUAUUGAUCCCAGUUAAUAGGAUUAAAAUUAGUGUGAUAGCUGUAAACUAUGCAUUUUSUAAUGAUAAAUCAUGAAGCAUUUAUACAAUAAAAUUUAUUGAACUAUUUAUAAGCCUAGUUUGUAUGAAAAAACUACAAAAUGAGAAAGCURUUGUGAAUGACCAUGUUAAACUUGCACUUCUUCUGAACCAUGCUUGAAAUCUGAUAUGAAAAAUAUUUAUCAUGUUCUUAAAGAUUUACUUUAAACCCAUAAUAUCAGCAAGAUUUGAUGAGUUGGGGUUUAAACUUCUACAUGAAGGUAGAGCUGGUUCCAGCAGUGCUUAAAUACUGUAAGUAAAUAAAAAAUGCCAUYGAGUCAUGAGCAUUCAGCACUGCCUGGCCAUGGCACAGCCAGGCUUCUGUACAGUCCCAUGGUGCCCGUGCCUGCCUUGAAACUGGCUCCAGGCCAGAAAGGGUAAUUUAUUUAUUUUUUUACAGCAUAACUGAUACUGUUCUCUUUGUCCUGCAUCAUCCCCCUGUCCAGUUUGCAUUUCAGGGUUAGUGCUUGCAUCCUUUGUUGGAUAGGUACCAAUACGUGUUUGUCUGUGUGUGCAAAUCCCAAAGUCCUCAGAAAAACACGUGGCUGGAAUGUCACCAGUGUUAAACAACUGUAAMCUCUGGAUGCUUGUGAUUGAGCAAUUAUUUAUAUAUAAAUAUAUAUAUAUAAUAAUAAUAAGCAGGCUGCCUCUUCAUUUAGCUGUAAUUUCUGUGUAUUGGAAAGCAUGAGUGUAUGGUGAUUGUAUUUAACAUCUGCAGAUCUGUAAAAAAACUAAGUGGAGGACCUAGUCCCYGUUUUUCUUUCAAAAGCAGGGAUCACAGUUGAAUUUCUCAUCUCUGUUUACAAGGAACUCUUGAAAAUUAAAGGUUUGCUUGCAAAUGCAUUGUCUUGUG